AUGCACGCAAUCGCUAAAGCUGGAGUGGCAGUGGCCGCUACCACCGCCCUAUUCUGGGCCCUAGGUGACUGCCAGUCGACCACUGGCGGUAGCGGAGUGCCAACUGGGAGCGCUCCCGGCGGUGCCCCCAGCGGUUCGCCCCCUGGAGGAGGCGGCAGCAGCACUGUCAAUAGCGGUACCGGCCUCUACGUGCUCACUGACGGCCAAGUCGUCGAUGGCGGCUCGUACUCGUGCGAGAGCAACGACACCAGCGUCUUCAUCGCCAACGGCACCGUCUCGGCUUCUCUGGUUGGCGUCACGGUGACCAAAUCGGGCGAUACAUCCUCGGAUGACGACAGCAGCUUCUACGGUUUGAAUGCGGGCAUUCUGGCUAUAGAUCAAGCCGUCUUGAACAUCACCGGCGGCUCAGUUGAAGACACUGGCCAGGGAUCCGACGGCGUCUUUGCCUACGGCGAGUCGACCAUCUAUAUCUCCGGUACGAGAAUCAACGUCACAGGCGGCAACUCGGGGGGCAUUGAAGCGGCCGGCGGUGGUACCAUGUACGCCUCUAACCUGAUCAUCGACUCGAAUAACAAGGCCGCCAUCCGCAGUGACCGUGGCGGCGGCUUCAUGGUUGUCGAUGGAGGCGAAUACCGCACUUCAGGGGCCCAAGGCGCGCCGGCUGUGUACUCUACAGCCAACAUUACCGUGAAAAAUGCCAUUCUCACUGCCGCUGGGUCUGAGGCGCUCGUCAUCGAGGGUCUCAACGAGCUGACCAUCACCAACUGCACUGUUUCAGGAAACAUGGGCGUGUCGGGCACUCAGCAACUGCACAACGUGAUGCUGUACCAGAGCAUGUCUGGCGAUGCCGAGGACGGGACUUCCGAGUUCACCAUGACGGGUGGCUCCAUGGUAUCGCUGAGCGGCUGCAUGUUCUACGUUACCAAUACCGACGCUAUUGUCACUCUCAGCGGCGCUGAACUGACCUUGGACGGCGAUAGCAACUAUCUGUUCAACGUCUCUGGCAACGACGCGUCUAACGGCUGGGGGAGUGUCGGUUCCAACGGCGGAAAUGCGACGCUGAAGCUCUCUGGGCAGACCGUCACGGGCGACAUCUACGCCGACUCCAUCUCUACCUUGAAUGUCAACAUUGCCGACAGCUCGGCUCUCACCGGUGCCAUGAACCCUGACGGCACCACAGCAGCUGGCCUUGCCGUUACCAUUGACUCUACUAGUACCUGGGUUCUCAACGCUGACAGCUACGUUACUGCUUUCACCGGCAGCUUGGACAAUGUCGAGCAGGGCUCGUAUACACUCUUUAUAAACAAUACUGCAGCUUCUGCAUAG